AAAUAUAUACAGUUUAUUGUUUUGGUCUCUGAGGGAGUGAGGGCUGUCUCUUUGAAAAAAAGAGAAAAUGGGUCGGAAGCCAAGUGCUGCAAAGAUUGGAAAAAGGGUUCGCAUGCAUGAAAACAAAAAUCAAUCCUUGGAAAGAGUGGAAUCACAGCCUGGAAACACAAUUCCUUCCCUGAAGAGAGUGGAAAACCAGCCUAAAAGUGUGAAUCCUUCAUUGGAAAGUGUGGAAUUGCAGCCCAAAACCAUAAGCCCUUCCUUGGUGAGAGCAAAUACACAGUCUAAACGGCAAGCAGAGUCUGUCAAACCAUCAAAUCCAAUGAAGAGAAUGAGACACCGCUCUGGUGUUAGGCGAUCAGAUCGUAUAAAAAGUGCAGUUAUGCCUGCUCAAAACUCGGAUAUUGAGCCUAUGAUUGAAGAGAUAACUCUCAGCGAAAGUGAGAAAGAGGAUGACUUCCCUGCUCAGAGGGAGCAAAAUCUGCCUGAGCCAGCAAACUUGGGUGAAAAGAACAUUGAAGAAAAAAUUAACCAUAUUGUACAACGAUUGGAAAAACAAGAGAAGGCCAUGGAAGCAUUGAAGUCGGAGGUAACCAAGAAGUCUUUCUUGAGUGGAAGUCCAUCUAGGGUGGAUAUCAAAUACAAGAACUUGUAUAUAGACUCCCAAAAGAAGAUUGAGUCCUUAACAGAAGAAAAUAAACAACUCAGAAUGAAGCUGGAAACUGCUCUUUGCAAAGUUGAAGCAUAUCAGAAUGGCAAUCAUGUUUUCUCUGAAAUGAUGGAGAAAUUGAAGGAUGUCAUCUUGAUCUCAAAUCUGACAAAAGCUACCGAAACGGCAGUUAAUUUAUCGUCCCGAGCAUUACACAAUGCUUCUUCUCCAGGUGAUGUUCUUGGAUCCAAUGGUUCCGCAGCAAAGAGAAAGAAACCCACAGUCAUCCGAAAGUAAAAAGAACUGAAACUCGCUGCAAAAUGUGGGUGGUUUUGCUAAUCUUUGGAGUCAAAUCCUUAUGCUUGAAUCUAGGGCUGUCUUGUUUUGUCAUCUUUUGUUUUAAGUAGCUUGGAUAAACUUGUAACAAAAUAUGUGUGGAUGGAUGGUACUAGUUUGUUUCAGCUUCAACCUGCAGGUGUUUAUGAUGUUUAAGUAAUUUGGAGCACAUUUCAAUUUUGUUGCUUUAAGAUCAUAGUAACAUUGGUGUAGGUCCUUACCACCUCAAGAUCAAGAACACUAUAGGCAACUACCU